AUGAAAGCUAAAAUCGGGAAACAAUUCAAGAUGCUGAAAUUCGCCCUUAUUGUGGGCGUGGCUUGCCUCUUGGCUAUCAGUGAGGGUCGACCAGCAACGAAUGACCGUGAAGAUGAUUUAAUGAACUUGAUGAAAGAGGUUAUUGAGGAUGAACUGAAGGAAGAUCUAAUGGCAAAACUAGAGAUACUUGAGGAGUCCGCAAGUAUAAGCUGGUCAGAGCGCCCAGAAGGCAGCAGACCACCACGCCCUGAAGGCAGCAGACCACCACGCCCAGACGGCAGCAGACCACCACGCCCAGACGGCAGCAGACCACCACGCCCAGAAGGCAGCAGACCACCACGCCCAGAAGGCAGCAGACCACCACGCCCAGAAGGCAGCAGACCACCACGCCCAGAAGGCAGCAGACCACCACCAGAAGAGGAGCGUGAGUUUAGGGAGGAACGCAAACCCAAAGAAGAAGACAGACCAGAGCGCCCUGAAGGCAGUAGACCACCACGCCCUGAAGGCAGCAGACAACCACGCCCAGAAGGCAGCAGACCACCACGCCCAGAAGGCAGCAGACCACCACGCCCAGAAGGCAGCAGACCACCACGCCCAGAAGGCAGCAGACCACCACGCCCAGAAGGCAGCAGACCACCACGCCCAGAAGGCAGCAGACCACCACCAGAAGAGGAGCGCAGCAGACCACCACGCCCUGAAGGCAGCAGACCACCACGCCCAGAAGGCAGCAGACCACCACGCCCAGAAGGCAGCCGACCACCACGCCCAGAAGGCAGCAGACCACCACGCCCUGAAGGCAGCAGACCACCACGCCCAGAAGGCAGCAGACCACCACGCCCAGAAGGUAGCCAGGAACCUCCUCAAGAUGAAGAUCUUGUUGAGGAGUUGCGGGGGGACCGUAAGCUGAUGAGUCUUUACCGUCGUCUCCUACGAGGUUAA